AUGCUAAGAACCGUUUGUAUUUGUAUUAUAGAUAUUUGGAAAUGUUUUACAACGCCUUCGUUUUUAUUUCUUUCAAUAGCAGGAGGUCUUCUGUAUGGAACAUUUAGUGCAUGGACAGGUCUUUAUGAUAUUAUUCUUGAACCUGAAAAUUAUACAGAAGAACAAGCAGGUUGGUUUGGUUUUGGUUCAUCAAUGGCUGGAAUUGUUGGUGGUCUUUGUUUAAGUUAUCUUGCUGAUACAAAUCGUUUUCAACAUUCAUUAAAGACACUUAUUCUUAUUUCGUUUAUUGCUUGUUUAUUUAGUAUUAUUUGGUUUGAACUUUGUGUUCAUAGUUUAUUUUAUGAUAAACAUAUUCUUUCAUCAACAGCUCUUACUAUUGGUUUAUCAACUGCAUUAGCUGGUCUUUUUUCCGGUGCUGCAUCACCAUUAAUAUAUGAAGCACUUGCUGAAAUAAUGUAUCCAUUACCAGAAUCUAUAUCAGCAUCAAUUCUUGUUCAAUGGAUGAAUGUUGUUGCACUUGUUUUUCUCUUUGUUGCACCAAAUCGAGAUAAAUUAGUCAAUUUUCUUGUAUUAGUUGUUAUGAUUGCUUGUAUUAUAAUGGUAGUGAUAACUCGAUUUACUUAUAAAAGACGUGAUGAAGAUGAAAGAAAACGUAUUGAAAAGGAACAAAAUCAAAUAAUAAAUCCAAAUAAUGUAAAUUGUCUUAUAAAUGAUACAACUAAUGAACAUUCAUAUGGAACAUUUGAUUGA